AGAGAGAGAGAGAGAGAGAGAGAGAGAGAGAGAGAGAGAGAGCUAAAAGAAGCAGAUAUGAGGAAAGGUAGAGAUGCCCUUUUUUGCAGUUGCAGCCCUCAUGACAUGAAGUGGGGUGUAGGCCUCAUCAUUCAUAAUUUCAUUCAUUCCAUUGCUUACAAUCACUCUCACAGUGACUCACUCAGUGAUUCAGCCAUAGCUGCUCUCUCUGUCCUGCUAGCUGCUCUGUGAAAAGGGGGCCCCUCUCUCUCUGUUUGUAUCCCAAGGAACAGUCCCUUUUGAAGCCCAAAUUUUGACUUCGACCCAAGUUUUUCACUCUCUCUCUCUCUCUCUCUUUCUCCAUCUCUUGGGAGCAGAGUUUCCCUAAUUCCUCCCCCACCCUGAUUAGUCCCCUUUCAGUCCCCUCCGCGACCAGAAUCAAAAGAUCUGCCCAGAACAAAAGCUGAUGAUGAACUGUCCAUUUUCUUCCCCUCUACCACCUAUUUCAAACAAUCGCGUACCCUGAAAAACUUUUUGGGCGGACGCGCUUUUACGCUUGAAAUUUCUUUCAUUACUCAACUUUUCCGAGCCUUUUUUUGCUCCCUCUGUCGAUGAUAUGGAUUAUAGAUCGAUGAGAUGUUACAAGAGACAGAUUCUGUGAUCCCAUGUGGAUGCUGUAGGCCACGGCUCCACGCGCAUCUUUUGGUUUUUCGGGUUUAGCUGCUGGGGUCGGGUAGUUUCCCGAUGUGCUAGUCGGGUCUCUUUCUCUGCUGCAUCCUCAUCAGAUUAAAUCUCUUCUGAAUCCCGAUUUCGUUCCUUUUGUUCCCUCCCUCUUUCUCUCUCUCUCUCUCUCUUCUCAAAAUGCCAUUCACUGAAACCCUAGCGCCCCAUCUCCUCGCUGAUAUGAACAAUAAGAACCAAGUCCACCGGACCCGACCGUGGCCGGGCCUAUUCCCAGCUGGUCCAAAGACAACAUUUACGAGCUUCGGGGACGCCAACUGCAUGGAGCAGCUGCUCGUGCACUGCGCGAAUGCAAUAGAGAGCAAUGAUGCAACCCUAGCCCAGCAGAUCCUGUGGGUCCUAAACAACACGGCCCCACCCGACGGGGACUCGAACCAGCGCCUCACCUGCGGGUUCCUCCGAGCUCUGAUCGCCCGAGCUGCCAGGAAUGGUUCGUGCAAGAUGCUGGCGGCUGUGGCAGCCAGCAACUAUGAUAUUGCCCUUCUCCACGAAACCCACCGGUUUUCUGUCAUCGAGCUUGCCAGCUUCGUGGACCUGACUCCGUGGCAUCGGUUCGGGUUUACUGCCGCCAAUGCAGCCAUACUGGAAGCCGUUGAAGGGUACUCGGUGAUUCAUAUAGUGGACUUGAGCUCGACCCACUGCAUGCAAAUCCCGACUCUUAUCGAUGCAAUCGCGAGCCGAUCGCUUGAGGCGCCCCCUCCAAUCGUGAAGCUCACGGUAGCUUGGGUGGCUGAAGAAGAUGGGCACGUCCCUCCCCCUCCUCCCUUACUGGACGAUGUUUCUUAUGAGGAGUUAGGCCGAAAGUUGGUGAACUUUGCUAUGUCGCGCAAUGUCACAUUGAAAUUCCAGGUGGUUCAUUCGAGCUAUAGAGAGGGGUACUCGACCUUGAUCGAACACCUCAGGGUGCAAAAUUUUUACAAAGACAACUGUGAGGCGCUCGUGAUAAAUUGUCACAUGACUCUCCACUACAUAUCGGAAGAAACCCAGCUUACGACGUUGCUUCACGAUCCCAACCCUUCAGGGAAUAAUCCUUAUCCCCAUUUUGAGCCCUCGGCAUUAGUCUCCCCACGUACGAUGUUCCUGAAAGCAUUAAGGAGCUUAGACCCAACCAUCGUGGUUCUAGUAGACGAGGACGCGGACUUCACGUCAAAUGAUUUGGUGGACAGAUUAAGGUCGGCGUUCAAUUACUUGUGGAUUCCCUACGACACUGUGGACACAUUCCUUCCCAAAGGGAGCAAGCAGAGGCAGUGGUACGAGGCUGACGUAUGCUGGAAGAUAGAGAACGUGAUAGCGCACGAGGGGGCCCAGAGGAUAGAGAGGGUGGAGCCCAAGAGCCGGUGGGUCCAGAGGAUGAGGAGCGCAGGGUUCCGGGGCUUUGGGUUCGGGGAGGAAGCGGUGUCGGAGGUGAAGUCGAUGCUGGAUGAGCAUGCCGCUGGAUGGGGGUUGAAGAAGGAGGAGGAGGACCAUCUUGUACUAACAUGGAAAGGGCACAAUGUGGUUUUUGCUACUGCUUGGUUGCCUACUUAGUUAUUUAAAAAAAAAAGAAAACACACGAUCAGUUGUGUCUAGCUAGCUCCAAACAUUAGGACUAGGAGUUCCAUAGGUUGUAGUUGACAUUUCUUUCUUGUAAUUUGGACUUUUGACUCGAUUAAAUCUAUGGUCUUUUGUACUC